CUUACUCUAUCUACUUGACACAGCCAGCAGCAGCACUCAGCGCAGCUCGCAUGCGAGCCAGUCGCAUCGGGCCACUGCCGCGCGAGAUGCGCCCGUUACCAUGGCCAUAAGUUUAUUUCGCAUCUUUUACAGCGCCGUCUUUGCCCUCCUCUUCUUCGUCGUCUCCUGCCUUAUCCUCCUCAGCCCUGGAGACGCCAUCUACCAGUGUUACAAGAACCAUAACUUGACCAACAUCUUCAUCAUCACGGGCGCUUACGUUAUCACAUUUCUGCUGGGCCUUCUGAUCUACUCCACGCGCAUCUAUACGAAUCGCAGCGUGCUGGCCGGUAUCCCGAAAGCAUGGAUCCCCGUCGAGAAAGAAGAUGUGGGCAAGAGCGUGAGGAGGCUGGUGGUCGAGGGCCUGGCGAGGAGCGCGAUCACCGCGUAUCGAGCGAGACCCAGGGAUCUGACCGUGGAGAAGGAGGAUCAACCGCUCGAUGAACGUACGUUGGAAAUGGACCGCAACCAUCCGCCGUGGGGUCACGUCUCUCAUCCCGGGUGGUCGGCGCCCUCCUCACCAGAUUUACCAGAUCUACACUAUCAAUCGGUUCUCAAAGAGUUGCCCUACCUCAUCGAAGCCAAAGCCGUUUCUCUGGCGCCGCCGGAUCCGAUCCUGUCCUCGUCGCGUCGCUAUCGUGAUCCGUACAGUUCGUACUCUGACGAGGAGCCUGUUCCGGAUCCACGUGUGGUGGAGAUCCUCCAACGGCCAUCGUCAAUGGGAUUGCGUGAAUAUAUUGGACACUUGACGAAUCUGAACUUGAUCAGGCCACCGGAGUUGGGCGCGGAGUUUCUUGCUAUAUAUGAACGGGCGAGGUUCUCGGCACAUGCGCUGGAGGAGGAGGAGUUUCGCGCGCUAAUGAGCGUCUUUGCUGAGAUCUUGAGGGCGAUGAAGUCAGUGACUCCGCAGUUACUGGAUGAAGCCCGCGGAGGGAGUUCUCUCUCAUACGGCGAGUCGGUUAUUGGUCCGUCGGACGAGGAAGGCGAAACAGAUUCAGUCUACUCUCCUGAUGAGGGAGAGCAACAAACUCGGGGUCGAAGCAAUAGUGUGCGGCCGUCCAAUGUAUCUACGUGGGAGAGCAGUCGCUCGCUUUAUACGGCGCCCUUGGUGCAGACUAGGAGCUCACCGACUCUCUCGAGAGGACCCGCCCCCGAUCGACGUGGACUGUCGGCUAUGCGGACACCUUCCAUGAAUUCUCUUCGACCAGUUUCUCUUCGGCGGUCGCGGUCAAACAUCUCCGGGAGUUCAGCAGGGAGCGUGAUUCGCUUGGUAGAGGCUCGGAAUCCGUUGGAUCUGCCGUAUACCAUAGACGUCCCUCGAAGAACACAGCGGUGAGAACAUUUGGACAUAUUAUCCUGAGAAUAUUACAGCAUCAGGACUUGGAACUGUCGCUCGUCUUUAUUAGGAUAGGCGUUUGGAAUGGCAUUGGCGUUUACGGGCGUUGGGAAGACGCUGGAUAGAGCUGGCAACUCUUUUACACUAUGCGCAUUGGGCAACAUUGGAUCUCUAACUUUACUAUAAUUGCAUACCCAGUUGAAUACCACAUGUUUCU